UUUGGACAGGGGUGUAACUAAUGCCAUGCUAACACAUGGUACUUUGAUCAUCAUGUUCAUAUCUGGACAAGUGGAGUUCUAUAGCUUCGAGUACAUACUAGAACAUUAUAAACUAUUUGAUCAUGAUAUAAACGCAUCUAGAACAUCUGGCAUCAACUUUGCAGAAGACGGGCACAUGCCUCAGGGGCUUCCAAUCAACAUAAAGAUAAAAGAGCGACCUCCAGUACUGUUCAAGGUCAAAUGCAUGGAUCAUGACAUUAAGAUAGGAGGGUUCCCAUAUCACUGCAUUUACUCCCCUAAAGGCCACAGGGAACUAUUUGAAGUUGCCGCCGUAUGUGAUAUGAUAAAGCCAAAGAACAGCACUCUUUCUGAUGAGAUGUUAAAUAUUGAACGUGAUAUCUGUGCGUUCCAUGCAGACAAUUCAGGUAGAAUCAUACACAUGCUUGCAGCCAGGGGAAUGUUACGCGUUUAUGAUUUAAAGGAAAUAAAUGGCUCCAAGACGGCAUUGGAGCUAGUAAAUGUAGCAGAAAUUGAUCUCAAUCACAAGGAAAUGCGGGUCCAGCCCCAGUAUACCUCGUCAGGUCGAUUUAUCAAGAAGAGACAAUCCAUCGAUGAAGUUAACAGCGACACAGAUACUGUAAGAUUCUUUAAUGAACACGUUGUUAGUCAGGAAAUUUGUGCUAUUCAGUUAGCAUGUUAUUAUUAUAUUUAAUUUACAUGUAAA